CGUCUUGUCCGUCCCACAAUGCAUUAGUCAUGCAGCAUCCAAGAACAACGCUGUGAAAGAGCGGAGCAAAUAACAUCUUGAAUUAACAUCUUAACAAUGUCUGUGGGCCAGGAACAUCAUAUUGAGAACGAAGAGGCCCCAGAAAAGAAGGUCAUCGCCACAAGAGUCUCUGGAACCGUAAAGUGGUUCAAUGUAAAGAACGGUUAUGGUUUCAUCAACAGAGAUGAUAAUAAAGAGGAUGUCUUUGUACAUCAGACUGCAAUUAAGAAAAACAACCCGAAAAAAUAUCUGCGUAGUGUGGGUGAUGGCGAGGCCGUAGAAUUUGACGUUGUUGAAGGAGACAAAGGCACUGAGGCUGCCAAUGUCACAGGACCAGAAGGAGCCCCAGUUGAGGGUAGCAAGUAUGCUGCCGAGAGACGCAACUUCCGCCGUCGUUACUACCGCAGACGGCGCCCACAGAGGGAGAAUGGAGAAGUGGGUGAAGGAAGUGGCGGAGAGGGUGAAACAUCCGAAGGAGCUGGAGAUGGAGAGAAGAGAAAUGUCCGUCGUAGGGGACGUGGUGGAAGGUAUCGUGGUGGAUACAGGAGAUACCGUGGCCCGCCACGUAACCGCUCAGAUGAUGAUGAUAAGGAGAAUCGCGGUGAAGGUGUUGAGGGCGAGAAUCAAGGCGAAACUCAGAGUGAACGAAGACCUCGUCGGGGCGGAUACAGAGGCCGUGGAGGCAGGAACCGUCGUUACCGUGGACCACCGCGUACAGAAGGCGAAGGUGGUGGCGAGGGUGAUGAUGAAACCCGUGGGACUGAUGGUGAAAAGCGUGGUGGACGUCGUCGCCGAUUUCGUCGCCGCCGCGGUGGACCUCCAAGAGAAAGUAACGAGCAAAAGGAAGGUGGUGAUGAGACCGUUAGCGAUGAUAACCCAUCCAAACCAUCAGGUCCUCCACCUGUUGCGGCAGAAGUCGUACCAGUUGAGAACGGUGUACCAGCAAGCGAUUAGGAUUUUUACACCCAAGAAGCCAUCUUUAAGAGUAACAUGUCCAGGAGAUAUAGUCUACAGUUACCUCUUGCUAUUUGGUUAUUAAAAACCCCUUUAUUUCUGACAAAAUCAUUUCUUUUCGCAAAUGUUCUCAAGAUUUUGAAACAAAAAGAUUUAAGAAAAAAAAAGAAAAAUAAUAAUAAAAAAAGAAACGAGCAAUAAUUUCAAAACCUCUUUUAUACCAAUAAACAAUGAAACAAACCAAUGAAUUUUAUUCAUAAAUUCUAAUUUGAACAUUACAUUGAGAAAUAAGGAAAGAAAUUGCUUAAUUUUUUCAGCUGAAUUUAACCCAAAACGAAGAGUUAAUUUUCUCCGUUUUAGUUCCAACAUUAUUUUGGGAGUAUGGAUGUUAUUAGUUGCGGUGGAGAGCUGUCUGCAACUGUUGGGAAACUCAAUUUAGAAAAUUUACUAAUAAUUCCAUAGUACAGUUGACCAUUAUAUUUUUCCAGAAAUUUAUCUGAAAUACAGUAGUGACGUGCAGGAUAGCUCUCCAAAAGUUGGAAAAAUUAGAUUUUUUUCUGUUAAGGAAUUUUAACAUCUAGAUUAUCACAGUUCAUUUUUAUUAGUCAACAUGUACUCGAUAAGAGAGUGAUAAAAUAACACCAUUAAAAAAAAAAAA